CUCUCCUCCUGUCCAGGUAUCCUAUAUAGUCUCAGCAGUUAAGGCAUGCUGCCCAUUACAGGAAACCAUGGAAGGACCACACCUGAGCCUGGCAUGUCUCCUGUGGGUGAUCGCGGCUGUAUCUGGCAAAGUCCUGGUGAAGGAGGAAUGCGCUCAGGGUCCAGAUUUCUGGUGUCAGGACCUGGAGACGGCUGCUCAUUGUGGGGCAGUGGAUCAUUGUAAGCAGAAUGUAUGGAAGGAAAAUCAGGAUGUUCUGUGUUCGCAGUGUAAGCAGAUUGUCACAAUCCUCAUUAGCAUGGCAAAGUCAUCCCCAAUCCAGUCAAGAAUCAAGAACGUUCUACAUCAGCAAUGUUCCAGAAUUCCUCCAUUUGAAAUGGAGUGCAUUAAGAUGGUGGAUGAGUAUGAAGAGGUGCUGUUGAGUGUUCUAGAAAACCGGUUUAAUCCUACUGCAGUCUGCACUAAACUAAGAAUCUGUCAGUCAGAGGAAACCCUUCACUGGGACCCUGAACUGUUCACCAAACCAGUGCUGGAAAAUAUCUUACCUCUCAUCCAAGAGACUAUGCAGACCAUGCAUGCCAAGGCAACCCAGAAUGUGAAGGAAGAAUGGCCCAUCCCGAUGCCACUUUGCUGGAUGUGUAAAUCAUUUGUGUCAAAAUUUGAGGCAGCCAUCCCGAAGGCAGCCAUUGCCAAGGGCGCAUCACAGCUAUGCCAUGCGCUAUCACCAAAACUAUCCGGGGUGUGCCAGUGCUUGAUUGAGAAGUAUACCAUUGUUGUUUUGGACACCAUACUGGGAAUGCUGGGACCAAAGCUGUUGUGUGGGCUGCUAUUCAUGUGUGUGACAGAUGAAAACUGUGAGCCAGAGGUGAUGCCAGUGCUGGAAUCUGAUAUAACCUGCGACACUUGCAUGGCCAUCACAUCCAUUGUGAAGAGUACAAGAGGUAUGAACAUAACGCAGGAGGAAGUGAGUGCGUCUCUCUCCAAAGUCUGCACCUCUGCAAAGGACUGGAAGGAGUGUUAUGCAUUCAUUCAAGACCACCAGACAGAACUAUCUGAUCUUCUCCUGAAACCGUGGGACCACAAGAUCACCUGUCAGACGCUAGGUGUUUGUCCAGCUCCUUCUAAGACCGUGCCUGAGAACAGUGCCUGUGCAGCUGGACCCUCAUAUUGGUGCCACAGCCUGGACAAUGCAAGAGAGUGCAAGGCCAUAGGACACUGUCUGGCACAUGUUUGGUACUGAGGUCCAUUCUGCUUUCCUUCACGUUACAUAAUCCUUUGUGUGAAAAGGUCGUUCUUUCCUGAUGACUCAAUAAACUACUGUCUGUAU